AGGAAUUGUGUAAAAGUGACGAAAUAUCCUGGUAUAUAAUUCCGAGUCCGGAGCUAAAGUCUAACCAAACCUACUCAGGCCUCAUAUAAGCUACACAUACAGCUGAGAAAGAAAGCCAGUAUAACUAUGGGUAUCCUUAUCUCUACCCUAAUGGACCGGUUCUUUGGUCCAAUGCCUGCACGGAUCUGUAUGCUGGGCCUGGAUGGAGCAGGGAAGACGACAAUCCUGUAUAAACUCAAACUAGGAGAGGUCGUCAGUACAAUCCCAACUAUUGGGUUUAACGUUGAGACAGUUGUUUACAAGAAUAUAAGCUUCACAGUUUGGGAUGUAGGCGGCCAAACUAAAAUUAGACCUUUGUGGCAGCAUUACUUUGAGAACAGUGAUGCGGUGAUCUACGUGGUGGACAGCUCAGAUAGGCAAAGGCUGGAGGAGAGCAGAGAGGAGUUGGAGUACGUUAUGAGGGAUGAUCGUGUUCGUGGGGCCAGCCUGCUUGUGUUCAGCAACAAGAUGGAUAUGCCGAACAGCUGUUCAACAGCUGAGAUCACAGAUAAACUUGGCUUACAUGCUUUCAAGGACAGAGAUUGGUAUAUCCAGUCUACCUGUGGUGUGAGUGGGGAGGGUAUAGUGGAUGGACUGGAAUGGUUAGCUAACAAUCUUAAGAAGAAAAACAAAAUCUACAAUUAACAAGAUUCUUGCUCUCUUUUCCUUUACAGUUUGGACUGAUCAAGAUAUCCAUUAUUUUCUCUUAGAAAAUUGAUUAUUUUCUAAUUUGAAUUCCACGGUUCCAUGAAAUUACAAUUAUCAUUUCUUUCCAGACAAUCAAACUCUUAUUUACUCAAACUUUAAAAUACUCAUAUAUAUAUCAAAUAAAUGUUAAAGAAAAAUUUUUUCAGAUUUUUAAAAAAAUAAACUUUCAUAUGAUAGUUAAAAACUAGAGGACAAACUAUGCAAAAAAUC